AUGAGUUCCGCUCGCGCCCUUGGCUCAUCCGAAGCUCGUACGGAGGCAAGUGGGUCGAGGGUGAGGGUCCCCCAGGAUCCGACUGCUAGCAAGCGUACCGCUCGGACGAAACCGUUCGAGGUCCCUCAGGGGGUCAAACACCACGCACCUAUUGCGGACAGCAGCAAUAUUACAAGUCCGACAAGUACGGCCCCUGGCGUUGCGAAUCCGUCCACGGCGAAGGGUGCCGUGGAGAAGAAGGGGAAGGUGACGGUGGUGGCGAAGCAGGCGACGGCGAAGCGUGGGGCGACUUCGGCGCAGAAGCCGAAGGGAAAGGGAAAGAGGAGAGAGCUCAUCACUGCAUCUGAGUAUGCGAAGAUGAAGAACGCAGAAGCCGAGGAACGGCGAUUGAACGGAAGGAUGCCGGCCGCGAAGCAAUUCUUGGAAGGCAAGCGCAUAUUUUAUUACGGCGCAGACUUGAAUUACGCCGGCGAAGAUACCCAGCGUAGGAUGGAUAUCAUCAUCAAGCACGGAGGGACCUUGAUACCCGACUACGAUCCCGACCAAAUCACGCAUAUCGUUGUGAGCAAGAACACGGGCGCCAAGGCGUUACUAAAGGUGAUCGGAUUAAGGAGAUUGAAAGAUAUUCCGCAACGGAUUCCGACCGUCACAUGGGAUUGGAUCCAGACUGGAUUCUCGGCACCUCGCGACCGCAUCGAUGUGGCAGAUGAAGACGACCCGCUAGUAUAUAAGAUGGGCUGGUUGUUCGAAUAUGCCGCAUACAGCGAGCGUAUCGAUGCCGGAGAGACGCCCUGGGGCGAGUAUAUGGCAGGUCGGAAGAACCUUUCGACGGUCGAGGGUCCGUCCGGAGUCAACGGCGGCCGGAGCACGGAUGUAUUUCCCACCAGCGACGUCGUCGACGACAGCAGCCAUAUCUCAGACUUCACUCAGGAUAAGGUGUUGCCGGGUGACGGGGUGCAGAUCAUGCCAUAUGCGGGUCUUCCAUCGCCGCCAUCCUCGCCCAGCUACCCUUCUUUGGGCACACUUCUACCGCACUAUACCAAAGUCGCGGGGAAGGUUGUUCAGGCAGUCCAGUCCAUUUCAGGAAACGGUGGAUCUUGGCAAGAUACAGCCGUCCACGCGGAAAACCAUGUGGUGGACCCGGCAAUGAGAUAUGCAGAGGACCCCCUGGCUGAGUUCUAUGCUCAGGCACGGGCCGAGCGGAAUGCAGAGAUGUUCGGUCAUGACGAGUCCGAUAGUGAAUCGAUUACCCCGGAGAAAAAACAGAUCUCUCGGACGCGGCACCGCAAACGCGAGGCGGUCAAGAAGGGGGUGUUCAUCUGCGACGAUAAGGGCGGCAAACGGCGGCAAGCAACCUGCCCGAAUCAGGAUGUGAUAGACAAGCUCGAGGAAUUGAAGGCCCUCCACGAUGUAAAGCCUGGAGAAGAUGACAGAUGGCGUGUUUAUGGGCUAAAUAAAGCCAUCGCGGCAUUGCGCCGUUGCCCUACAAGGAUCAGGACGUUGGAGGAGGCUAUGAAGCUCAAUGGGGUCGGAGAGAAGACGGCGAGGAAGAUCAUCGAAAUAAUCCAGACAGGAGACUUGAUGCGGAUACAGUACGAGACGACCGAGGACAUCAAGGCCGUCAAGGAGUUCACAGGGAUUUAUGGCGUCGGCGCCAAUACCGCUCGAACGUUGUUCAACAACGGUUGCAGGACGUUGGAGGAUAUCGCUGCACGCAAGGGGGGAGUCAAGUUAUCGCAUGCACAGGAGAUUGGAUUGAGGUAUUAUAGGGACAUCAAUACAAGGAUACCCAGAGCAGAGGUGCAAGAGAUCUACGAUAAGAUCAAGGGCGAAGCGCUGAAGUUAGAUCCAAAGCUCUUCAUACAAGUGAUGGGUAGCUUCCGCAGGGGCAAGUCGACCUGUGGUGACAUCGAUAUACUCAUUAGCCGCCCUGUUGACGACGGCAAGACCCAUCAAGGAAUCUUACGCCGAUUACUGGCAGAGCUACAUCGACAAGAUAUCAUAACGGAGGAUCUCUGCCUGCCUGACAAUUUCGAAGACCUGGAGCUCGUUUAUCGGGGGCUGUGCCGGAAGGGUCCCGGGAGCUUGCGCCGCAGGAUCGACUUCCUGACUGUACCUUGGGUUUCAAGGGGAGCAGCCCUGCUCUACUACACGGGUGACGAUAUCUUCAAUCGUUCGCUCCGCCUGAAAGCGAACAAGAUGGGCUACUCUCUUAAUCAGCGCGGGCUUUACGCGGACGUCAUUAGGAACAAGGACCGGCAGAAGGUUACGGAAGGUGUGCUCGUUGCGUCGGAGAGUGAGAGAGAAAUACUCGAUAUCCUGGGUGUCCCCUGGCAAGAGCCACACGAGCGUGUACGCCAUUGA